AUGGGUGGCGUUGAUGAGGCACUGGACGAUGAUGUGAUUGAUGAUGGUGCCGCUGGUGUAUGGUGUAGUGGUGAUGAAUUGCUUAGUGCCGUUGCCGUAGCUGUUGCGGCGUUUGUAUUUGACGAAAUUGUUGACGAAGAGGAUGAGGAUGAUGGUAAACUAAACACGAAAACAUUUCGUUCUCCCACCCAUCAAGCCCCCAUUCGGUGUGAGAGUUGUAAUUGGGAAAAUUCAAUUAUUUUUCUGUUGAAAAACGAAAAAGCCAAAGAGAGAAAACAGAUAGAAACUUUGAUGGGUAUUUGUGGGAAUGAAGCAGCUCACAAAAUUAAUGGAUUUGAAGUUUGA